AUGUUGGACUCAGUGACACACAGCACUUUCCUGCCCAACACAUCCUUCUGUGAUCCCCUGAUGUCGUGGACAGAUCUGUUCAGCAAUGAAGAGUAUUAUCCUGCUUUUGAGCAUCAAACAGCUUGUGACUCCUACUGGACAUCCGUCCACCCUGAGUACUGGACCAAGCGUCACGUCUGGGAAUGGCUCCAGUUCUGCUGUGACCAAUACAAGCUGGAUACCAACUGCAUCUCCUUCUGCCACUUCAACAUCAGCGGCCUGCAGCUGUGCAGCAUGACCCAGGAGGAGUUCAUUGAGGCGGCUGGCAUCUGUGGGGAAUACCUGUACUUCAUCCUUCAGAACAUCCGCACUCAAGGUUACUCCUUUUUUAAUGAUGCCGAAGAGACCAAGGCCUCCAUCAAAGACUGCCUCCAAAGCUCUCAUCUGUGGGAAUUUGUGCGAGACUUGCUCCUAUCUCCUGAAGAAAACUGCGGCAUUUUGGAAUGGGAGGAUAGGGAACAGGGUAUUUUUCGGGUGGUUAAAUCAGAAGCCCUGGCCAAGAUGUGGGGACAAAGGAAGAAAAAUGACAGAAUGACAUAUGAAAAACUGAGCAGAGCUCUGAGAUACUACUAUAAAACAGGAAUUUUGGAACGCGUCGACCGAAGGUUAGUGUACAAGUUUGGAAAAAAUGCACACGGGUGGCAGGAAGACAAGCAAUGA